CAGGGACGCAGACGCACCCAGAAGCGGGUAGACUGGAGGCUUCCCCCAGGAGAGUCCUGGAAAUAAAAGCAAAAGCGUUUGUUUGUAACGAGAGCAGCAGAGCCAAGAGGGUCUCCGAGGAUCGCCGGUCACCAUGGGGGACGUGGUUUCCUCUCACCUGGAUGAGAACAGGCGGGAGAUGAUUACAGGUCGGACCAGACGUGUGAUGAGAGACUUUGGCGAUCUGUACGAGCAGCAGUACGCGGUCGCCCUCUUUAAUGUUGUUCGCUUUGAGAUCGAAGGAGGAGGAGGAGGGCAGUCCCAGCUGCUCCACAGGAAGGAUCCGUUGGCAGGUCGGAACAUCUUCUCUGGGAAUCUGUUCCAGUACCUGGAGGAGAAUCGGAAGUGGAGGAAUCGUUUUGUUUCAGUGCCGAGCGGCUACACCAUCAACCUCUAUGAGAGCAAAUCGGCUCACGAUCGAGGACUGCAUUCGAAGGUCUCCAUCGACUGUGCCGGGUACAAAGCGCUGACGUCCAUGGAGGAGUACAUGGAGCUGAUAAACGACAGCCUUCCAGGAGUCAAAGCCAAAGCUGGGGGCGUUCCAUUCAUCAAAUGCCCGACCAACUUCCCCCUCAUCCUCUGGCACCCGUACGCCCGCCACCACCACUUCUGCGUGAUGACGGAGAAGGAGCAGAAGAAGUGGCACGCUGUGCUGCAGGACUGCGUCAGACACAGCAACAACGGUCUGUCCGAGGAAGAUCCGGUUCAAACCCCUGCCUUCACCGACUCCGUGAGGCUUUACAGACAAGCUCAAGGGCACUACGGCACCUGGGACCUGAUGUGUGGAGCUCCUCCUCAGAUUUUGGCCAAUCUGGUGAUGGAGACGCUCCAGCCUGAGCUGAGAGAUGUGAUCGGCCCUCGUCUGAAGGGGAAGAUGCAGCAGAGGCAGAGGAACUGGAUGUUGAUCUCUGGUGCGGUGUACAAGCAGGUGUUGUCUCAGACCAACCGUCAGUAUGCGGCUCUGGUGGAAGCCAGCGAGGCUGAGAGGGCUCCACUAGACGCCCGGCUGAGAACUGACAUGGACCAACUCAUCACCUCUAAAGAACACGUCUGCAGCAAGAUCAGAGCUCUGGUGUUGCCCAAAGCCGAUCAGGUCCUCCGCACCAACGUCCAGCCCUACAUCAGCUCCAUUCUGGAUGCCCUGAUGGAGCCCACCAGUCGGGGCUUCUCUGAGGUCAGGGAUGUCUUCUUCAAGGAACUGGUGGACAUCAGCAAGAAUUCCCUCAAUAGAGGGAGCAAAGAGGAAGUGGGAGAACAACUGGAGAGGUUGUCCAUGCUGGCCUUCCAUCCCAUGAAGAUGCAGAGUUGUUAUGAGAAGAUGGAGCAGCUAAACCUGGAGGGGCUGCAGCAGCGGUUUGAUGUUUCCAGCCCAUCCGUGUUCAUCAGCAGAGCUCAGAUCCUGAUGAGGCAGCAAAUGGACAACGCAGUUUACACCUUUGAGCAGCUGCUCCAGCAGUCGCUGAAGGACCAGGGAGAAGAGGACAUUUGCAAAACCAUCCACAAAUGUCAGGACAGAGUUAUCAAGAAAUAUGAUUAUGACAGCAGCACGGUGCGUAAGAAGUUCUUCAGAGAGGCCUUACUGCAGAUAAUCAUCCCCUACAUGCUGCAGCAGCUCGCACCGUCUUGUACACCUGAGCUGCCUCGCUUCAAGGAGAUGAUCUUUGAGGAUUUCUCCCGUUUCCUUCUAGUUGAAAACCUGUAUGAGGAGGUGGUCCUGCAAUCAGUCACAAAAGACACAAUGAUGGCUGUGAAGGAAGCGGCUGUCCAGAGGAAACACAAUCUCUACAGAGACAGCAUGGUUCUGACCAACAGUGACCCCAACCUGCAUCUUCUUGAAGACACUCCUCAGGUGGACUGGGCAACAAAGUUUGGAGGUGAUGAAGCGGUGGGGUCCAUGGGCAGCAGUACCGAAGGAGGAGGUAUUGGGAGAAGACGGAGGCAGGUCGUGUCAAUGAUACAGCUGGAAGGGUUGCCUCUUCCCUAUGAGUCCUGCCUGGAGGUCCCGGGGGUUGAGCUCAUCCCUGAGGAGGAUAUUCCUGAAUCCAAAGAUGAAGAGGCAGAGGAGGAGUUGGGUCCAUCCGAGGAUCCAAAGUCCCCUGACAGUGUGGAUGAAAUCAGGGACCUGAUCAAUCCGAUGCUGGAGGUGGAGCUCCCAGAGUCAGAGGAGAAGCAGGCUGAUGUAGUCAGUGGGACAGAGAUGACCACAGGCACCAUCACCAUGGAGGACGGGGUGCAGGAGCAGGUCACACAUGUCACCACCAUUGUCGAGGACAACCCCAGGAGGUCCGUACGAGACAAGUCGUCCCCGCAGACGAUCCUACGGGAGCUAAUGGGAAGCCAGAAGGAGAGAGUCACUGAAGAGGAAGCUGCAAUUCAGAAAGCCAUCGAGGAAAUGGAGCUGGCGGUGCAGGAUGAAGAUGGCGAGCAGCCCGCCGAGGCAUCGACGGCAGAAUCCGAUAACGAUUCCCAACCACAGGCGACGGACUGUGGAUCACGCAACGACAGCGGCUUCCAGUCGCCGACCAAUGAGGGGCUAAAUGAGAGUGAGUCUGAGCCAAUCAAAAACGGCCCUAACGGAGAGGCCAAGAUGGCUGACGCUGUGCCAGUGGAACCUAUGUUCAUGUAGGAAGAUGCUUCUCUGACGCCAACAGAAAAACCACAGUAGGAACUUUUGUUUUACUCUAAGAGCGGAUCUGUCAGCUCAGCGAGCCGGAGCUCAAAUAUGACUUUAAAUCCUGCUCCGAGUCUAAUUUAUGGUCAUUUGAUCAUUGUCCUGUCUCCACGUGGACAGCAGAGGGCGCUAUAAUCAAACUAACCACAUCUUUUUCCUGCUUGUGUUUUUGUGCGGAGUUGUUUCUGAAAGCACUUCUCAUUUUUGCAAGUGGCCUCCAUGUUUCAACACAAUCAGUUUAGGAUGUUUUAAAAGGGAAAUGUUUGAUCUGUGGGGAAAGUUACCGGAAACUUUUUUUGAAAGUUUCUUUAUUGUUUUUUUAAUUCAGUUCAUUAGUUUUUAUUCUCUGCCCGUCAUCUAGAGGUUUUUUUUUAUUCAAAAUUAUUAGGCUUUAAUGCUCGUCUUCGUGUCAAACCAUUAUUCUGGUGUGAAAGUAAAAAGAUUCGUUUUUCAGGACAGCUGACAAGAUUUAUUGUCUAUUCACUAAAAAUGGGAGAAAAAUAAGCAAACUGAUUGUAAAUAAGUACAAAAAAAAUCAUUAAAUUAUUAUAAAAGGAACAUUUUAAACAAAGUAGUUUGGUACAAAGGUCCAAUUAUAUUUAUGUAAAAGUAAAACACGCUGUGAUGUGAAGGUUUAACACUAAUAAUCAUACCCUCCAUGAUUAUUUAAAAAACACACAAUAACCAGGAUUUAAACUCAAGAUCACUGUUUUCUUUUAUUUAUUGUUGUGCAGCAAAACAAACCGUAGACCUUUCCUCCUACAAAAACAACAAACUGUAUUUGAGAAUGAAAUAAAACGAUUUCAACA